AUGUGGUCACUGGAGGACCAAGGUAUCAGGGAACUUCGAGAUAAGCUCAAGACAUUGAAUCCCGGUGCUUCGAUCAAGGUCGAAUAUCUACGUGACAAACAUAUGUUGGUUGUCACUGGUCAGUUCGAUGAGGAGUUCGAUGUCGAAAUCACAUCGCUGCUUGCCAAUUACAUCGAAGAGCAUCGCAAUGAUGAUUUACUUGAGAUGCCGAGAGUUCGUCAACUUUCGAUUUCGACCAACUUCGAUCCCAAUCCCUUUGCUGGUUACAGAAGCAAUUCGCAGCCAGAGGAAGAAACCCUAGUGGAAGACAUCAUGCCGGCAAAACCUUCUAGCGAUGGGCCAAUUGUUAAGUUCUGGCAUCCCUCACAGGUGGCAUUGGGUUCAAUUUCUCAUGACUCGGAACCUCUCUUGAAUCGCAUUUCCGAAAUGACGGAAACACAAAUAGCAGUGCAGGGAGCCCAAGGGCUCCUUAUUUCUGCAGAGCACAUGGAUAACAUCGAAGAAGCAAUGGAAAUACUCGACUCCCUUGAAGAAUGCUUGGAUCUCAUUGAGAACCAAAACCGGGGACUCAUCAUUUUUACCCCAAGACGGGAAAGCGCUACUUAUCGCGUCAUGGAAUAUGCACAGAUCAGUGCCACUGCCUUGUGGCGUAUUUUGAUGGACCGAAACGCCUCGCUUCGUUUUCCAAAGAUAAUGACUCUGGUGGUCUGUGAAUUUGACGAGCUCGCUAAUGAAUUUCGUCCACUUCGCAAACUUCGACACCCACAGCAAGUGCUCCUGAAGGAGGUGAGUAUAAUUCGAGACUGGGACGACUAUCAUUUUCCAGAGAUUGGUCCAAAAAACGAUCCCCUCUUAGGGAUGAUUGAUCAGCAUCUCGCGCCUCAGAGUGAGACCUCUCAAGAGAAUAGCGAUGCUCAGCACCCCUAUCUCUCUACAAGAAAGGUUAAAGAUGUUGACAAAUGGAUCUCUCGGGGUUUCCCUAAACGGCCUUUAGCCACCGAAAGUCUUAAAAAAGGACCAAUAGAAGCUGACCCAACCUCACCUGAGCUUGUUACAUCCAAGCCUCCGGCUGAUUAUAGCGUUUCUGUUCCACGGGAUCAGAGACAGCCUGGUCCGUUUGAGCCCAAUCCCGCAGGCGUCAAAGGACGUGCUGUUAUGCUACCAGAUGGAACUGUAGCAACCUCUAGGCAGCAUCGACAAGAAAAUCCAAUAGACACCCCUCGUGGCUCAAAUCCCUCUCUGUUUAGCAGACUCAGCUACAGGGAGAGAAUGAGGAACCACCAGGUAGCCGGUUUGUCUGCCUCAAUCCCUCAACAAAAAGGAUCCGCCAGCAUUGUUCGUAGCGCAGCUGAAUCUACUUCUCCAAAUGAAGCUUCCAAAAAGUCGGAAACAAUGUCUAAGGAAAUCGACCCUGUGGCUUCUACCCAUUCCACCACCUCAACUCAAGCACCAAAUUCUAGUGCCACCCCUACUCUCCCGGUUUCAUCCACACAUCUGGGUGCAACACCCAAACAGUCAGGAGAAACUUCACGUGCUGAGUUGGAUAGCCCUCCUGCCAAUAAAGAAGAAAAGCCGACUGGCGCUCUGCGCCAACCAAACCGCUCUAUUUCUCCAGGAGUUGACGGAGCCCAGCCUCUCAGCACAUUUGAGACAUUGAAUUCACCGGUGAAUAUUAAACCUCAAGGGCGAAGUGUUGAUUCAGUGAUGGGGCAGAUAAAGCUAAUUCUUGAGACGGCCAAGAUCACGAGCGAAACUCAAGUGGAGGAAGUGCCCAGCAAGCCAAAGAUAACAGAUCAAAAUCACCCAAGCACCACAUCCACUGCACCAGAUUUCAGCACAGAGGACAAAGAGAACAUUAGUCCCCUCAUUGAUCUUGAUUGCGAAGUCAGAAGUCUAAAUACUGGAUUCCAACGCGUUGUUGCGUUUGAUCCACUGGCUACAGUCUCAUCAAGCGUUCCGGAACAGUCUAGAAAUGCUCAGCAUGGUCAAUUUCAGCAUAGCGAAACUGCCGUUUCUACUGAAACUGUUGAUAUCUUUGAUACACCCAAUAUUGAUAAUAGAACUAUUCAACCUCAGUUAAGUCGGAGCAUCUCUCCUUGUCCUGAACCAACCCAAGAUCCGAUGAUCCUCCGUGCAAUGAGUCCAACCUCUGCUAUUAGCGAGCCUCUCCAACCAAUACUCGCUAAAAUUAGGUCACUGCCCUACUCGGAGGUUACUGGCUCUUAUGGUGAGAGCGACGUGUUGGAAGACAAACAGAAACCUGAACAGGCUCCUGAAAUCCGCAGCAAGGCCGAUGAGGUGGCACUAGAGUAUCUGCUCAAUCAGAUUAAGGACAACCCUGCCCCAGAGAUUCCUAGCAUUGAAGAGAUUUCCCUACCUCUCGAUGCUACCUUUGAUGAGCAUGUACCUCGAGCUUCUGCUUCUAUCUCGCGCAGCAGUGCUCCGCGCGAGAGUGUCCAGCAUCAACAACCUGGCCAGGAAAGUGAGAGAGUGCUCUUUCUUCAUCCAGACCUCAUUGAUAUCUCACCUCAGAUGCUAUCUUCUCGCUCAAGGUGUGCUUCUUUGCAACAAUCCGAUCUUAAAAACGAUGCGGAGACAGAAUCCGGCGAAAAGCUGGCUGUCUCAGAUGAAACCGAGAAAAGAGAAUUCCGCGAGACAAUGUUCCAUCAGCGGCCUCCCGACAAGGCUUUUCAACGGGUGGAUGAGGUGACCUUGGAAGUGAGAAGGGCAAAGAUUGAAGUCCACACUGCUAAUACCUGGCAGCGAAAGGAAGACACUGAAACCAGUGCAGAGAACAAAGAGGAGGUUAAAGCCCCCCUUCUUAAUUUCUGGCAGCGAAGAACAGGAUCCAAACCAACAGAAGCACAGCCACGAAAAAUCGUUGCUUUGCCCACGAAGGUGGAUGUGAAAUUAUCAAGAGAAAAGAAGCAAAUUACUGACUCAAUAGAGAGUUUGUUUAGCUUUCUCCAACCAGUCCUUGAGUCAGUUCGCAGCUUUCCCGGAACGCUGAGCUUUCAAAUCCAAUUUGGUCUCAUGUUCAUGCCCAGCCUGCCAGCUUCAACCAAAGAGAAGGAGAUGAGCUACGGGGAGGUCCACCAGUUGUUUUUUUCUAGUAAUGACUUGAUACCGCCUCCAAUCUCUCUCUUCGAGCGCUUGACUUCAUCUCCUUCAGACAUUGACUACCUCAUCGAUUUGGAGGCCAAUCAAUCUCGCCUGUUCGACCAAAGGUACAGCCACCGAGGCGUAAAGUACGAGUUCUGGUGCCGUGUUGGUCCGAAUAGAUCCAUUGUUAUCUCAGUUAAUGAAUAUGGACAUGCAAUGAUUCGCUAUCCUGAGGUCUCCCUAGGCACGGUACACUUGAAUUUCCCUUCACAAGUCUGGGAUGCAGCUGCUAAGGUGCAGGGCUUUAUCGAAUACAUUACGGGUGCUGACCCCGAGCUUGAUGAAGCUGCACGAAAUAUGGCGAAAAGCAUCCGGGUAGAGCCAAACAACACACAGCUUCGUAUGCUGGUCCGUCUUCCGCCUGCGUCCAAAAUCAAAAUUGAGAAGGUGUUCAUGGAACGGUGGAGCCUUCACCCCUCCCUGUCGGAAAAAAGCAAGCACUUGUUUCUCCAAAUCAGCGAAUCUCAAGAACUCCUUGCCAUUCCCUCCAUAUUCGAUCCAGGUAUCAUGGUUUUGCAGAACGCCCCGCUUGGCACAAUGGUCAGAGAUGGAAAGCAGUGGUGGCAAGCCUCGAUUUUCAGCAGCAAAGUGAACGGCAUACUGAAAUCAAAUUCUUUCAUUGAACCUGGUGAGCGCAACGAGUCCUGGUGUGCAACAGAUCUCCUCGGUACAGACAUCACAAAUAUUUUCCCCCAUACUGCGAACCAGGGGCUGAGUACUCUUGGAGCCGAAGUCGGUUACUCGGGAAUUGGAGCAAUGUUCCAACUUGGCAAAGCUGUCGUGCAGAAAAUCGAUGCCGUGGGUUUCUGGAACAGAGGUCCUGCUAGUGUUGAGCAGCGUACGAACACGUCGAAGGACCGCAGCAGCGCCGACACAGCUACUUUCAAGGAGUCGCCCGCUUCCUCGGUGAAACAAUCAGUACCCUGGGUUUCAACGGCUGAAUUUGAGGGAAAACACAUGUGGUGA